AUGGUGGACCGCCGGUCUGAUAUGCGAACAUGGCAAAACAAACGUAUUCAUCCUUUGGUUAAUUUUGGUCUCUUUUCAGUCUAUAAUUUGCAAAGAGAGGCACCCAAACCAGUUCCGAUAGUCUGUUUUGAACAUCUUAGUCACGUACCACAUCAAUAUGGCGCUGCUUAUCAUGGUCCUCUGAGCCGGCAGGGGACUGAGGAACUUCUAAAUGGACAGCCUUCUGGGGCCUAUCUUAUUCGAGAUAGUCAACGGGCGGACGGUGCUUUCACUUUGGCCAUUAGGUUUGAUGACUCAACGAAAAAUUAUAAAUUAUUUUACGAUUCGGCAUCACAAUUGCAUUAUGUUGGUGAAAAGAAAUUCGAAUCUGUUGAUCAGUUGGUAGCCGACGGAUUAAUUUAUCUGUACAUCGAAACUCGUGGGGCUGACAUAUUACAGAAACUGUCUGAAGCCAGCAACUAUGAGCACUCACCUUACUACAAGACACGCUACCAUACAGUGAAUGCCGUUCCCCCACCUACCAGACCCUCGGUCGCCUCCAUCAGCAGCGCUAAUUACAAACGGCAGUCCUCACUCGAACUGCUUGAUGGGUCUAAAAAAGCUUCUCCCAUCCGCCUCACUCAAUCAAUUCGGAGCGCUGCUGCCGAUGAAAUCGCCAAUGGCAUCAUCAACGAUCCCACUAAGAAGCCUCCUGCUGCGGUGUCUGGAUCCGUUGACAAACCUUUGCUCAUGUCAUUUCCAACCUUUCUUCAUGCGUUUUCUUCUAUGCAGGCCCGUAGUACCUCGUUACCCUUUUCGAAACCGCGAACUGAGCGCUCACUUGAGUCAUCCACGUCACCGAGUGCCAAGCCUAACAGUUCCACUGACACCAGCAGCGUCGCUCAUAAUAACACAAGUAGCGGUAGCAGCAGUGGACACGCCAGUCUAAAGAGUCGUCAAUCGGGGAAAGGGGAGGAUGAAGUUGAUGAUGGAAGUGGCGGUGAGAACUAUCGUCGAAAAAUGAUUGGUAGUGUCCAACAUCACCGUACUCUCGCCUCCACCCUUCCGAUGAAUCUGGAUGGCGCCAGUGCCCAUACUCCUGGCCGGAUCAGCAGUGAGGUAGCGGCUACCUCUCCUACAAUCAACCCAUCCUCCACCCUUGUGCACGUUGACGUAGAGAAAGCUCAUAAUUUCCGCGUGCACACUUUUCGGGGGCCACAUUGGUGCGAUUUCUGCACCCACUUCAUCUGGGGUCUUGUCUCACAGGGCGUAAAAUGUACCGAUUGCGGUUUUCAGGCUCACAAACGCUGCUCCAUAAGCGUUCCCAAUGACUGUCUUCCAGAUAUGAAGCGUCUUAAACGCGUCUUCGGUGUGGACCUAACUAGCUUGGUUCGUGCCGAAAACAGGACUGUGCCUCAGGUACUGGUCAAGUGUAUCGCCGAAUUGGAGCGACGAGGCGGCCUCGUAACAGAGGGAGUCUACAGAGUUCCCGGGAAUCAAGAAAUUGUUGAGGAUUUCCGCAUAGCUUUGGACAAAGGUAUGUAUUCUCCACUAUCAGCAAAUCUCUUCUAG